UGGUGUCUCCCCGGGUCGCGGGUCAGGUGCGCAAGGGAGCGUUAGCCCCGGGAGCUGGGGACGUCGCGGUGGCGGCGGCGCCUCAGACUCAUGAGGAGCCGGAAGCUUGCAGACGGGGUGCGCUCUUCAGCACGCCUAAGGAGCAAAAACUGCCCAGCAACCAGAGCUGCCUCGGCUCAAGAAGUAGAUGUUUCCAAAUCUACAAAAACAGUGUGUUUGGCGUCAUCACACAAAGCAACUGAGAGACGUACUUCCAAGACACUGAAGUAUGAAAAAGAUGGUUUCAUCAAGUCAGAAUUACGAGAACUAACUACCAAAAAGGAAAAAACUUCUUUGUCAAAAACAGCAUCUGAAACCUCAAGUGAGAAUGGGCCUCUGGAGCGUGCUGAGCACAAAGCAUUGCCGCCAAGUAACGAAGCUAAUACUUCCAAGAUUUGUGAGCAGCAAAUAGAAAGGAAUGAGAAUGGGCUUUCUCAUCACGGUCACUCCAGAGAGGUGGGCAACAGUUGCUUAACAAAGACUGAAAAUGACUUGGCCCCCUCAAAAUAUAAAGAAAAUCUGCUAGAGGAAGACAUGUGUAAGCAUGGUGCUGUGCUGCUCGGGGAGGCUGGGUCGGAGGCAGAUCCCCAGAAGACACCGUGCCACAUAGACAGUAGCAUCUUUUUAGACGAAGAUAGCAAUCAGCCAAUGCCAGUGAAUCGAUUCUUUGGAAAUGUCGAGCUCAUGCAAGACCUUCCGCCAGUUUCUCCACCUUGUCCUUCAAUGAGCAGACGGGAAUUCAGAAAAAUGCACUUCAGAGCCAAAGAUGAUGAUGAUGAUGAUGCAGAAAUGUAGAUAUUUAAUAAAACAUUAAAAAAUUA